AUGGGGUUCUCUUUCCCUUUCGUCCUCCAUCUCAUGCUUGCUCUUUCGGCAGUACAUCUAGCGCGCUUCCGGCCAGAACUGAAAGAAUCGUAUAUGGCGCAAGGUGAGCACCACUACGGGAUUGCACUUCGAUCGGUCAUUGUCCUCCUACCGCGUAUCGACGCGGUCAAUUGCGAAGCCAUGUACAUGUCGGCGAUCCUCAUCUGUCUGUACAAACUUGGCAGAGGUCCUCAACCGGGCGAAUACCUUGCGUUCAGCGACCAAGGCGAUGCGGAAUGGAUGAAACUCCUGAAAGGCGUCCGUGCGAUUGCUCAGUCUAAGGCUCUGCUUCUUUCCCCGGGUAUUCUGGCGUCCGUAAUGCAAGCAGGUACCCAUAAGCGAAAGCCGCCGGUGGGGCGCAAGCCUCCUCCAGAUUACCAGGAGAACAUUGAGAGCCUUCGUCGUUUUAUCACUGUUGAGCGGGCCGGAGAUCCCGACAUCGAAACAUACAUCGAAGCUCUCGAUGGCGUCGCGCAGUCUUUUACCGGUUUCUACGAAGGCACCGACGGCACGCUGGGAAGUUAUCACUCUAGUUUCAUCUUUGCCUGGCUAUACCGAACGUCUGAAGACUUUUCACUCCGUUUGCGGCGGAAAGAACCAGUUGCACUCGUCAUUCUGGCAUACUAUACUGUAUUGCUCAAAGAGCUCGACCUCGAUUGGUAUAUGAGCGGGUGGGUUCCGCAUAUAAUGAGCGGCAUUCACCACUCUCUCCCCGAGGACUACCGGAUCUGGUUACAGUGGCCGAUGGAACAAACUGGAUGGAAUCCGGGCUGA